UUAUCGCCCUGAUUUCUGUGAGUUGCCUGUAAUGUGUUGUUUCGACGAUCUCACCACCGACGUCCACAGGGAAUCCAGUUAGGACGUUUAUCUGGUGAACAAUGACAGUGAGUGGGUGAUGUUUAGAGUGAUUUAUAGCACUGGUCACUGAAUUUGAACAACGAAUGAUAAUAUACUAGGCGAAUUUUGUUCCAGUUACUAAUAGUGUUUGUUAAUUUAUAACAUCAAUGUUGGUGUAAUUGUGUAUUGCUUUGUGUCGAGCGAGAUAUCAGUCGUAGAAAAAAUAUAAUGGGAUGACAGGAAAUACAGAUUCAUGGAAAAGGUUUGGCGUCGAGUCGGUCUCCAUUCCUCCCGAAAGAAAAGGGAUGGAAGUGGGACUAGCAGGGAAGUGACGUCAUCAGCCCCGCCGGAGGCUGAGUAUCAAAAUAUCCACACAUUGCGAACAGCUGAUUUGAUAAGGCAGAGACAAGGGGAAGAGAAGUCAACACUCCGUUCGUCCUAUAUCAUUCGUAACGGAGAUAACUUCAUACUAGUAGAGAGGAGACGUCGGAGGCGCCGUAGAAGUGGUACCAGGGCUUCAUCAGGUGGCAGGCAUCACACUCCGCCUGUAGAGGAGAACGCUCGUACCGAACAAAAACGCCGACCUCCGGCUAAAUUGAAAAUAUUUGGCAUCCAAUGGCCAUUACACUCUAGUGACUCCAGACACACUUCAAUAACUCGUCGUUUUUGUCGCGGUCGACGAUCCCGAGACGACAACGAGCUCUAUCGCUCCAAUAGCUUUAAAUUUGAGAGAUUCGCGAGGGAGCAGCCCGCUGACGACUUCAGCACCGGAUCACAGGCUGCUCUGUGCGCUGAUUACAGCGUACCUGUAGACUGCGUUGCUGCGGGCCCAGCUCCCAGACCAAGCUCUUUCCACGAGAUAUCCGCUCCUAAGGUUGAAUUUAUAGAAGCUUAUUGCACACCACGCGACACAGCGAGAAGAUCACCACAGCGUAGUCGUCGCUCGAGGGAGCCUCGUCGUUCCCCAGAUACAUCCCGAUGGCGUUACGAUUCUCGUCGCCACAACUACGACUUUGAUUCACGAAGACCUUACGAGUACGAAUCUAGGAAGUAUUGCGGAAGAGAAUACGACGCGGAUUCGGGAAGACGACCAGCGUUUGACGCGGAAUCAGCCCGUCGGCGUGCGGAUUACGAAUCAGCUCGAAGGACCGACUUUGAUUUGUCCGCUCCCGAGGUCUCUAGGCGGAGUCCCGAAAGUGCACCAGAAGGUUCAGCAGAUUCCCCCCCUGAACCAGCUCCUUCCGCUCCACUACGUCAAGAAAGACAUUCAAGACAUCGAUCACAGCCAUAUUACGAAUCUGAAUCAUCUUCAGAAGAUCGAUCAUCUUCAACUGAGGAGGAAGACGAGUUCGGUGAAUUAGAUCCGUUCGCUACAGCACCUUCACUACACUCGCCGGACAGUGGACGUUCUGAUCCCCGAUACGCGAACGCACCCAGACGAAACCCAAGCCCUUAUUAUUACGGCGACCUAUUUAAAUCAGCGCCGCCACCCCCAGCUCCUUCAGCGCCAACUGUAUCAUCAACAUCUUCAUCACGUGGCCCUCGCUAUAGGAAAUCUGCGAGUCUCGACGCUCCACACGUCGCACAGAGACCAAAUCUGCCUAAAAGGUUCUCCGUGGCAGAAGAUGGCUUUCGUGAAUUAGAGCGGUCAUCAUCAUCGUCCGGUGAGAGCGCGUGGAUGCCGCCGAGGCGCCGCGGGCGCGACGCGGCCGGCUGCGCAUGCGCCGCGCCCGAAGAUGUAGAGGAGCAUAGGUCCUCGAGAAGUGUGUUCUACGUGCCAGCGCCAUUGCCACGCUGGCCUCAAGAAAUGACGACUCGACAGAUAUACGAAACAGCCUUCGACUGUAAAAUAGCCCGCUCUGAUGAUGACUUGGACGACUUUGAUCGUGUCAGCAAUCAUCCGGCCUUAUUGCAAGCGGAAGAGCGGAAGGUUGUUUCUUCUGCAUCAUCAGCGUUUGAGGCUGUUGAACGGAGUGAACCUGACUACAAAGGCCGGCGUAAAGUGACCAUGAAAACUGACAGCGUACGACGCUCUAAAAUUCCUACGAUACGACAAAAAAGAGAAAAUGAAAGUAAUGCUUCAGCUUUAUCAGAAGAGCUAGAAAAAGUACACAUUGAAGAAGAGGAUCGUACUUCAACAUCUCAACUUCCAUUGCGCGGUUAUACUCCAUCACCGCCUUCUACGGCACCGUUACCCACGAAAUUUCAGCAAAAGGAUGGGUCUGCUAUGAACAGUAUUAAAAGUGCUCCAAAUUUACCUCAAACCCAACCAUCACAUCCCCGCCUUAAAGAUUUGCGGUUACCUGUUAAAUCACUAAGAGCUCGUGAGACUCCAACCAGUAGUGAUGCGAGUUUGACUGAUGUGAAAGCCUCAGUAUCAACUGAACUUGACGUUGGACAACGACUCAGGGAUUCGAGCCGCGAAUCCCGUGAUGGUGACGACGAGAGGGUACAAUCUAAAGACGGUAUUUUUUUAGAGAUUAAGGGUCGACCCACUUCCGAUUCUGAUACACCUGAAAUGAAUCGAUAUAAGGGCCCUAAAGGGGUCGGCCCUAUAAUGGAGUUCAAAGGUAGGCCCGGUGUUGCACGUCCACGGCGAAAAUAUUCGAGCACAGAGAGUAUGGCUACUAGUAGCAGUGGUGGAAGCAUGGAAUCACUGCGAAGUAGCAACAGUGAGGGAGAUAGAAGUAGUAGUAGCUCAGAGAGUAGACAUUCAUCGUCUUUGAGUUCACACAGCUCGGAUUCUGGUAAUGUGCCAUUUGUUAAGUCACAUCACAUGCAACUAUCGGGGUUUGGGCAUCAUCCUAAUAAACUACACAUUCUAAGUCCUAUAUCAGAUAAAUCGUCUCAAGAACCGGCUUCCGAAACAUCUGAUAAUAACAAGAAUAACAAUUCACAGAAAGUUUCACCCGAAGACGCCGAAACUGGUAAUGUAACAAUGCAGACCACCGUUGAAAUCUUACCCAAACCUAAAAGACGUGCUUUACAGAAUAGAAAUUUGCUAAACCUAACGUUCAGACAUUCAACGCCUGGCGAUACAGAAAUCCAAGGAUCAGAUAGUGGAAUAUCAAUACAUUCAAGAGAAGGAGUUGAUUCGAGAAAUGCAUUCGUUAACUUCAAGAACAGCAACACUGAAGAGGAAAGGAAAGAUGAAGACGUUGAUUUGUCUGAUCUUCCAUUCGAUAUGCCGAAACUGCGAAGACGUAGGGCUGAGGCCGAGGUUGACCUUAGAUCUUUGCCCUUCGAUAUGCCUAAACUAAGACGUAAACUCCGCGGACAAUCUUUACAAUUAAAUAGUGACUUCGGCGAAGCCAUCUCUAAUGCUUCAUCCAGUCAAAGCGUACAAGACCUGAAUCAAGAUAAGAAACAUCGCGAUAAAUUGACUUUGAACUUCGAAAGUGGCAGUGGUUCUGGUAGUACCAAAGGGUUGCAUUUGAAUCUGGGACCGAUCGCUCCGCCACGAGACUUGAUUGAUGCCUCUCUUCCACUUGACCGUCAAGGGUGGUAUCAUGGAACGUUGUCGCGUUUGGAAGCUGAGGGUCUGUUGCGAGACGCGGACGAGGGAGCUUUUCUAGUACGAAACAGUGAAUCCGCGAAACACGACUACUCCCUCAGCUUAAAAUCGACACGUGGGUUUAUGCAUAUGCGCAUAUGUCGUGGAGGUGAAGGUUAUACUUUGGGAGGUGCGACUACCGCCUUCCCCACCGUGCCGGCUCUCAUGAGACAUUACGUCACAGCCCAAAGACUCCCUGUCAGGGGAGCUGAACAUAUGGCACUGUCCACACCACUGCCAGCUGUUAUGCUAUGAAGAAAUCACCUUCAUCAGUACAGUAACACACUUAUCAUACACUGGAACUGUGAAUGAUGUACGUUAUAAAAAUGUCGGCGACAACUGUGCAUAAUGACGCCGACGUCGAGUUGUGUCCAGUUUUUUUGAUACUUACGUAAUAUAGCAGCAGUUUUUUGUAUGUAUAGUUUUAGUAACCAGUAAAUGAUACCAAAGAAACUUUAGUAUGUACGUAAUGUUAGCGAUUAUUUCCGAAGGGGCUUGCAAAUUAAUUUAGCUCAUGUGAGUGCGACGUUGUGCUCAGGAUCUAAACUGAAUGCCACCAUUUAGUCAAUCAAAGCUAUAUAUUGGAACAUAUAUAAACCAACCAAUCUUGAGACUGUAACGUCCCCCCCUAAUGUCUAUGCUAGUCCCGAAACCACAGCAACCUGCGACGUAAAUGUAUGUGAUUAUAAAUAAGUUCAACGUUAAUAUUAAUAUUUAUUAUAAUAAUUUGUGUAUCAAGUAGUUUUGUUUACAGUAUAAUUAUUUACUCAUUCAUAUAAACAAUAUUAGUUGUAUAAAACAUAUUCGUAUAUAUACGAUGACGCAUAUGGAUCAUGAUAAACUAUAACCAAGGUCAAGACGGCCGCAGAUAAAUAUAUGAACCGAAUAUUUAUUAUCUUAUAAUUAAUUACGUCAAAUAUUUUGCUCUGAAUAAUCAUUUACGUUCAAACAUAUAUGAAGGCCUAAAAUUUGAGCUUUUCAAUUUAUUUAUUUUGAAUUAUUAUAAGUAACCAUGCUUUGUAAAUGCCAAAUAAUUAAUUUUAUUCGUGUAUGUAUGAAAAUGAGGUCGAAUGUACUAUAAUGACAAUUACCUUAAAUAAACAAUUUGUGAGUGAAUUUUUAACGUUCAUUACUAUCGUCGCGACCAUGGACUCUGCUGUGACGCAAUAAGGUUGAUUUUCCUUGAGAUCUUCACGUGUGACUCAUCGGUUGUUUUGGUCAGUAACAUACUAUCAGGCUGUGCCAUUAGCACAAGUUUGUAUCCUCAAUCUACUUACGGAGCGUAUCUAGUUUCUCGUUCAUAAAUCUUUGCAUAUGACAGUCUGGUUUAUGAAUAAAAAACUGUAAACGCUCCGUAUAUAGUUAGUUUGUAACUUGUGUUAAGGUUACGGUAUACAACCUGUGGCACACCAUUUCAAUACAAUUCUAUUCUAUUUAGCCACAAUAUUUAUAAGUAAUAAAUUCGCACUUUAAUUAUAAACAAUAGUAUCACAUUAUUUCAAGCUAGUAUAAGUUCUAAGUACAACACUGACAUGGUUUAAAAUAGUCCGAAUAUAGGGAUUAGUGAAUUUUGUAGUGUUACCAUGUUUUGAUACCGCUUUCAUACUGUAUUUGUAGAUGGACUUUCUCUUUAUAGUAGAUGACGGUAGCACGAAUAAGAUCAUAGUAAAGAAUGCACAUGUUAUAAAACAUUCACAUUUACUUAUUAUAUUUUUUGUUAUUAGAUUUAAGUAGGUUAAAAUUAUGGACCCCCGUGUUUAUAUUAAUAGAUUUAGUCGCAUUCGCUGUCACUUUGUUUUCUAUUUGAUUGAUCGUAUGUCAGCUGAAGGAUUUAAUCAUUCCUCAUUCAUUCACUAUCCACUCAUUAACUCAUUCACUCACUAAUGACAUUUCAAAAGCGGUUACAGUCAAUUGCAUUUAAAAUCAAGUGGCAGGUGAGUGAUGUUUGUCAGCUAUUAUUUUUAUAGUUAUUUCUGUGAUUUAGUUUGAUAAAACAAAACGCCAAAAAAAAUAAUUAGUGUGUAAUUGUAAAAAAAAAAUGUAUGUGGAAUAACGCUUUAUGUCCAGAUAAUUGAUUGAUCUCAUUUUUCUUCCCCUGGAUGCUUCAGUUACCUUAGAAUUAUUUUCUAUUAAUUUGUACCUGAUUUUUUGAAAACUAACGAUGUUGUUUGAUACUUAAAUUACGUUUUGACAGAUUUAUUUUGUUAUAUAAACACAUUAGUAUUAAUGGUAUAGUUGUGUAUGGGAACGAGCGAAUUUCUAUAUAUGUGAGACAUUUACUUGUACGUAACCAUAAGCCACCGCAGAGCAGCUUGUGCAAGCGUGCAACUAAUUUUAAUACAUAACUUAAUAUAAAUAUUUAUUACUAAGUGUGAUAUAUGAACAAGAUAAAAACAAUGCCUCAACGAAGUUUUUUUUAAGGAUAGCUUUAUGUAAUCUCAUAUCACAAGAUAUGGUUUAUUAAACUAUAAAUAUGAGAUGAAUAAUCGCAUCCUGUGCAUUUUUCUUCUUGUUCAUGUAAACUAUUCAUUUGUAUUUAAUGUAGUAAGUGCAUAUUGGAAGGUAGGAUAAUAUUCCUGUUGGAAUUUUUUGAAGUGUCAAAAUUUUUUCCAUGAACGACGUAGUCUCUUGUCGUCUGUUAGAUAAAAUUAUAGCUUGUCGUAGUUAUAAUCAAUUAUAAUUUUUGAAGGUGUAGUUUGAAAUGAAUGAACAAUAAAAAAAAAGUGAAAAAGA